AUGACGACGACUUCGCACAUCCAGAGGGAAGCGGGACGUGCCAUGUCAUCUUCUCCAUGCGCCGUCGACACCCAUUUAGCUGACAUGGCCCUAAAUGUUGUUGCACUGGCGAUGCAAGGCAGCGGUCGCAAAGAGUGGACGUGGCCACCAAAUCUCAAGAUCAAUGGGCUCUACCAGGAUUGCGAGCACCAUGGAAACGGUAUCAGUAUCAACGUACCCAUUGUGAGCCAAUGGGGAGGACUGCAACGAAGGCACACUUUGCUUCUUCACGAAGGUGCCCUGCCCACAGUUGACAUGCUUCCCCACGAUGUCCACCUCGGCUGCUGCCGUUUCCAUGGUCCAUCUGCCACUGGUCUCACCGCCAUUGAUCCACAUACAGCCCCGAUGAUGCAGCCAUUGACAACGCUUACGCCUUCGUUUACUGUCGUCAAUGGGGCUUGGGGACCCAUUGUAUAUUCCACUGUCGACAUGAGCCAACUCCAUUGUCACUGA